GCCAUGGAACAUCUGAAUUCAAUUAUUUGGAUGGAUGAAUGUGUGUGACUUACUUUUACUCUUUUGUAAGAUCCCGAAAAAGCAUCUCUAUGAAUUCCUCAUCUUAUGCCCUCAAUGCGUCGAGCAGUCUGAAAUAUCGCGAUUCGCCAAGUGUAGCCGUGGCCAAAAAUGUCAUCGUUCUGGCUCUCGGCUUUACCAUCAACUAUAUUAACGGUACACUGAUACACACCUUCAGAAAACACCAGAUAUUUUAUUUGAAUCCUCGUUACAUCCUGUUCAUCCACCUGGUGGUGAAUGACAUGAUCCAGCUCACUUCUUCAAUUAGUCUAUUUGUUUUCACUUAUAUCUUUUAUCAAAUUAAUGUUGCAUUCUGUUGCUUCCUUAUCACUUUGGCUAUCUUUACCACCUUCAAUACUCCAAUAAAUUUAGCUCUCAUGGCACUAGAGUGCUACAUUGCUAUUUGUUUACCACUGCAACACGCUGAGUACUGCACCACCAAAAGAACAUACGUGGCUAUAGGUUGGAUCUGGGCCAUGAGUGCAGUCUCAGCUAUGUCCGACAUCGUUAUUAUUCUGGCAACAGAGCCAGUGGAGUUAUUUUAUUCCACAAUACAAUGUGAGAGAGAUAACUUAUUCCGGCAUCCAAUCAUUGUAAAAAAGAAAGAGGUUUCAUAUUUAAUUUUCCUAAUUGGUGUUUUGCUCACCUUCAUGUACACAUACUUCAGGAUAUUUUUUGCUGCUAACAAAGCUAAAUCAGCCAAGCGAGAGUCGAAGAAGGCGAGAAACACAAUCCUGCUCCACGGCUUUCAGCUUCUGUUGUCUAUGCUAACCUAUAUAGCAACUGCAUUAAUGCAGGCUCUGGUGCGCUGGUUCCCUAAACAGCCUCUAAUAGUUGUUUUUAUUUCCUAUAUCAUAAUCUACAUUGUCCCCAGGUUUGUUAGCCCUAUUGUGUAUGGGUUACGAGACAAGACAUUUAAACAGUAUUUAAAAAAGUAUCUGUUGUGUACCAUGAAAAUGGGUAACGAGACCGAUUUUAGAUUGUAA